CUUCUUUUCUGUUCCGCUCCUUCUCUCUUUCUCUCUCUCAUUAUCUCUCUCUCUCUCUCUCUCACACACACACUGACACACAGAGACCCAGAAACCCUAGAAUUCCCAUGCUCAGUUGUUCAGAUCUUUGUUGAAAAUCUGUACUGGUUCUGUGUCGUUUCGGAGAAUCGCGGAGGUUUUUAACUGAAGAGGUUUUUCGGAUAAGAAAAUGGCGGCUAUGACGACGAGCGCCGUCUACAUCCAGGUUAUCGAGGAUGUCAUCAACAAGGUUCGCGAAGAGUUCGACAACAACGCUGGUCCUGGUGAUGACGUUCUCAAAGAGCUUCAAGGAACGUGGGAGGCAAAAAUGAUUCAAGCUGGUGUUGUGAUUGGUCCCAUAGAGAGGAGUGGGGCACCUAAGCCCACACCUGGGGGUCCUAUUACUCCGGUUCACGAUCUUAAUGUGCCGUACGAAGGGACUGAGGAGUAUGAAACUCCCACUGCUGAGAUGCUCUUCCCUCCAACACCGUUGCAGACUCCCAUACAAACACCUUUACCGGGAACUGUAGACAGCUCAAUGUAUAACAUUCCUACUGGACCUAGUGACUAUCCCACGCCUGGAAGUGAUACUGGUGGUGGCGGUGGUGGUGGCGGCGGAGGAGGCAGCAGCGGUGGCAGUGGCACCAACAAUAAUGAUCCGAAAACUGGAAAGCCUAGCCAAUUCAUGCAACCUCCUUCUCCUUGGAUGAGCCAAAGGCCUCCACUUGAUGUUAACGUUGCUUAUGUGGAAGGGCGGGAUGAGGCAGACAGAGGAACUUCUAAUCAACCGCUGACACAGGACUUCUUCAUGAUGUCUUCUGGAAAACGAAAACGUGAAGAUUUACCUCCUCAAUAUCAAGCUGGUGGAUUUAUACCCCAGCAAGAUGGAGCAGGGGAUGCUACUUCUGAGGUGUUUGAGAUUGAGGUAAGUGGGGGAAGCACUUCUCUGGGUGGACAUGGCAUAGUCACCAGUGCAAAUAAAGAGAUGUUAGCGCAUGCGGCAAGGUCUUGUUCAAAGAUUCCUCAACUUGAUGGACCAAUUCCUGAUCCUUAUGAGGACGUCAUUUCUACUCCCAAUAUAUACAAUUAUCAAGCAGUUUUCAAUGAAGACUACAACAUAGCAAACACACCAGCUCCUAAUGAUGUACCGGCAAGUACUCCUGCUGUAGUUGCUCAAAAUGAUGUUGGAGAGGAUGAUGAUGAUGAGCCUCCAUUAAACGAAAAUGAUGAUGAUGAUUUUGAUGAUGUGGACCAAGUAGAGGAGCAAAACACACAGCAUUUAGUUUUGGCACAGUUUGAUAAGGUGACACGUACCAAGAGCAGGUGGAAAUGCACGCUGAAGGAUGGCAUUAUGCACAUAAACAACAAGGACAUUCUCUUUAACAAGGCAACGGGAGAGUUUGACUUCUGAUUUUGUUGGAAUUUAUCUAUUUUGCCAUUUCCUGGCAGUUGCUCUUAAGAAGCAAAUCUAGAGGUGUCAUUGGGUGUUUCUUAAUUUUUCUAUAUUAUUAUUAAGUGAGAGCUUGAGGAAAGAGAGGGAUGCCUGAUACUUUCUUAAAACUGGGAUGGGAAGGAUGUUGGCCUGUUGUACAUAAAGCAUAUCAGCUUUUUCGGCCCUUAAAUGGAUGGUCACUUAAGGCAUCUCCAGAAGCGUACCAUUUCUUUAAUGGAAUAUGUAAUUCAAUUUACUCUGUAUACUUGGACAUUUUGGUUAAUUUACGAAUUGCGGUCUGUUGAUUUGCA